AUGGCUCCCAUCUACACGGCAGCAGCAGCACUUUGCCUCACACUCUGUGGGCUGCAAGCCGAGGCGAACACGACUCCAAAAUACAAAUUUAAAGUUGUGGGUGUAGACGAAGAUGCCUACUUGGCUGCUAAACUGGCCCGCAACGGAAAACUCCCAGUUCACAUCAGUGAAAUUACAAAGGAAGACACCCUUAUCACCAAUUUGGAGGGAGAAGUAGCAGGGGAAGGAACUGCCACUGCGGAGAAUUGCACUGCAUUGAUAACUGCCGAACUGAAGGCGAACUUCCAUUACAGUUUCACGUACGAGGCCGAGGCAAAAGCCAGUCCCGACUAUCGCCAGCUACUGCAGAAAGCCCUUGACGCGGGAUUGGCAGUCUUCAAUGAGGAGUAUUUCAACGGACUUAUAGAACGAACCACUCAAUUAAAGGAUAUGACGGAAGACGACCUGAAGAAUUCUGUUGGAAAUGGCCCUGCAGCAACGACCUCUAUGCUCCUAAUAGCCGGUUUGGUUGCUAUGCUGACAGCUGUCUCUGCCUAG